AUGACUCCCUCAACACCACCACCACCACCAGCACUCCCAGACACAACAACACUCUCGCCAUCACUUCAACAACUACAAGCAACCACUCCACCAACAGCGUCACUCUCCUCCCUCCCGCCAGAAUGUCUCGAACACAUCUUAGCCUACCACCGGUCAGACUUGACCCUCCUCCACGCCCUCCUCCUCGUCAACAGGACCUUCUUCCACCUCACCAUCCCGCUCCUCUACCAAUCCCCCUUCUUGCUCAUCAAGGCCUCGGAUCGGGACAGGUUGCCCUAUGAGAAAUUUAAGCGACAGGUGAAGCUGCUUUGGUUGCUGCUGAGUUCUGUACAUCAUUUGCCGUGGGUUAGGCAGGAGUUGCCGCCGUUUGCAGAGGAGUUUCCUGUGUUGUGGAACCCUGCAUUGGAGGAGGGGCAGGUUUUGGCGUUGCUUGGUCGUCGUGAUGGUAGGAGUAGCAGUACCAUGAGUCAGGAGUCGAAUUCGACAGGAUCGGACGGAACGAGACGACAGGACGACGGGAAGAAGAAGAAGGAAAGAGGACAAGAGUCUGUGCGGUUCCUGACAGUUGACUAUUUGAACUAUUACACACACCACAAUCACACCUCGAUCUCGGAUGCCUUACCAACACUAUUCCCGUCGUUGAUCUGUUAUCAUAUGGACCAGUGGUCGUCUUCAAAGGACAUGAUCCGAAUCCGAGCGACGGUCGAGCGGGCGCUGUUGAUGCAUCGGCCAGAGGGGAUUGUGUCGCUUGCGGUUCCAAUUACGAGAGUCAAGGCUGUUCAGGAGGCGGUUGCUGCUGCGGUUGCUGAGAAGGAGUCCUCGGGAGCAGGGGUACUGGUAAUGAAUGGAAGGAGUGGGGUGGGGUUGAGGCGGUUGAGGAGGGUAGAGUUUUAUGAUAUCCGACAAGAGUUCUCGGUCGAGGAUGUGCUCGCCUUUCUAGAUUCCUUGCGCAGACCCCCGUCAUCCCCCUCUGUCUCUGGAACAGGGAAAGGAGCAGGCACAGGAGCAGGAACGAUGCUACUGACAGAGAUCAAGAUCGGAGGCCCCAGCGACUAUGGCCAAAUCGCCAAACGAGGCCUCUACACCAUCCUCCAACACCUUUCCUCAACCCUCAAGAUCAUUGACCUGACAGACUGGCGUGGGGCCGUCAUGGAUCUGGACCAGAUUCCCACCGAAGCGGUGGAGCUGUUACAUUUGAGAUUGGAUCGGAUGGUUGUUGAAAGUACGGGUCCCAAGGUUGUGGAGGGGUGGUUGAAGAGGGCCAGGAAGUUGAGGGAUUUGCAGAUUUGUAUUGGGCCUGGGCAUGGGGGACUGUUUCGGUGGGCUGUCGAGAGGAGGCGAAGGAGGGAGAGUGCUGCGCUCUUGCAGGCAAGUCGUGACGCUGGUGGGGAGGAGGAGGAGAGGGAGCAGCAGCAAAGGGAUUUUGUGUGCAAGAUUGAUAGGGAGGAGGGGAGGAGUCCUAGUAGUGGCGAGGACGGCAUUGAUGACUCCACCGGCGAUGACGACGACGAUGACGAUGACGAUGACGACGACGAUGACGACGAAGAACCCUAUUUGACGACACGAGGCGGGAGCCCGACAGGAAUGAGCUGGGUUGAUCAGAGCAACAGGAGCAACAACGGGGACGAAGGAGGGUUGCGAAAGCUGAGUCUUGCAGGAGAAACACCCGCAGUGUUGUGGGGACUCCUUGGCGCGACGACGGCGUUCUGUGAUCGACUCGAGGUUCUAGCAGCCAGCUCUUGGAAGCAGCCUCCUUGUGCUACUACCGAGACUCGUCCCACUCCAGGACAAGGAUCCGGUCUGGUCGAGCAUGGUGGACACGAGCACGAACACCACAGUCACGGACACGGAUCGACACCAAGCCCAGCAACACCUCAUCUUUACUGGUCGGCGAUGAUGACCCGCCUCGUCCAUCUAGACCUCAAGGGGGAAAUCGCAUCUGUCUCCUUCGACAUGCGAUCCCUCGCCCAAGCUCCUUUCCUCCAACGGCUCAAACUGGACACUUACAAGUCUGAUAUCGAACCUGCUUUGACGAGGGUUCCGGAGAUGUUGGAUUCGGUGAGUGGAACGGUGUGUGAGUUGGAGUUGGUAGGGCCUUGGUUUGUGACUGAUGCGGAUUUGGAGAGGAUGGCGGCGGUAUUACCGAGACUGAGGAGGUUGACGCUUUCGCAUUGUAAGACGCGUUUGGAGGGUGGUGAGGAUGGGGAGGAUGAGGAAGAGGAAGGGGAGGUGGUAAUGAAGUCGACUGCUUCGAGGUUGCCGGAUUAUCUGUUGGCGGCGAUGCCAAUGCAGCAGGACAUCACCAGUCCUCCGACACCUGUAUCUUCUCGGACCCGGUCGCACAUUUCUGGAAAUCAACCACAACACACUCAACAACACCAGUCGGCCUCUGCUUCUUCGUCACGGGCGGCGCAACCCUCAACAUCUUCAUCAUCACCAUCACCAUCUGCAGCUCCUGAUCCUAAUUCCAGGUAUCUUUCCGCAAGAGGACUCGUUCAUGCAGUAGAGCAAAUGACAGACUUGCACUAUCUCCACAUCGGGAUCUUGGUCACCAGCAAGCCGCAUCCUCCUUUCGCGACAGACUCGUCCUCUUCCUCCUCCUCCUCCUCGGGCACGGCGAUGUCGCCCUGGGAUAUGCUGGCUGCCGCCGCUGCUUCUGGAUCUGGAAGGAAAGGGAACGUGGAAACCGAAGACGAUAGCAAUUUGGAGGAAGAGGAAGAGGAAGGAUUGUGCCUGGAUGAAAAGUCGCUGUUGAGAGCGUUUGGUGCCCAGAAGGGGUCUGAGAGUCGUGCUUUCCCUCUGGAGGUCGAGGUUCAAGAGUGUCGUACCUUUUAG